AGCCAGAGGACAUGGGUGGAGAAAACGUUUUGCAAGCGGGAAUGUAUCCUAUAUCUUUCGUGUGCAUGCGGCCGUUCGGAGCAUUGGCACAUCCAGAUGGGGGUGGCCAGAGCAGAGCCGGGCAGCACGGAGAAGUGGCACCCCUACAAACAUACCGAGCAACGAGCAACUGAUGCUUAUGGGACCAUAGAGUUCCAGGGAGGGCCGCACCCCAGCAAGGCCCAGUACAUCAGACUGAGUAGUCUGGACACCAGGCAGGAGAACCACUGGGGUCUUGACCUGCCCAAGCUGCUAAUCACGGUUCAUGGGGGGCUGCUGAACUUUGACCUCCAGCCAAAACUGAAGCGAGUAUUUAGAAAAGGUUUACUGAAAGCAGCAAGAACAACAGGUGCCUGGAUUGUCACCAAUGGCACCAACACUGGAGUGACCAGACAUGUUGGGGAUGCCAUCAGUGACCGUACAACCAAAGCUCGUAAUAAAGUAGUCGCAAUAGGUAUAGCACCCUGGGGCAUCGUUGAGAACAAAGAGGAUCUUCUAGGGAGAGAUAUUGUAGUUCCAUACCAUUGUGUUUCAUCCACCAAAACCAACACUUCAGUUCUCAACAGUGACCACUCAUACUUCCUCCUGGCUGACAAUGGCACAGUGGGAAAGUAUGGAGGCGAAAUAUUGUUCCGUAAAAAAUUUGAGAAAUAUAUCGCCCAACAGAAAAUAUGCAUAGCUAAUGACUUCCGGGGCCAUGGGGUGCCGGUGAUCUGUGUGGUGCUAGAGGGUGGCGCCAACACUAUCCGGUCAGUUCUGGAGUAUGUGACAGAUACGCCCCCUGUGCCAGUGGUUGUGUGUGAUGGGAGCGGGAGAGCAGCAGAUUUACUGGCUUUUGCUCACAAGUACACCAUGGAUGAUGGAACCAUGGCAGAAUCUUUGAGGGACCAGCUAAUUCUCACCAUACAGAGAACAUUCUUGUACACCCAGGAGCAAGCGGAGAAGCUCUUCAUUGAACUCAUGCUGUGUGUGAAGAAGAAAGAACUGAUUACAGUGUUUCGCAUGGGUGACAGAGAGGAAUCUAAGGACAUUGAUCUGGCCAUUCUGACUGCUUUGCUGAAAGGAACAACCGCUAAUGCCAUUGACCAGCUCAAUUUGGCCCUGACAUGGGAUCGAGUUGACAUUGCUAGGAGUCACAUCUUCGUCUAUGGACAGGAAUGGCCGGAAGGAGCUCUGGAAGUUGCGAUGAUGGAUGCUCUUAUCAACGACAGAGUUGAUUUUGUGAAGCUGCUACUAGAGAAUGGUGUUAGCAUGCAUACUUUCCUGACCAUACCACGCCUGGAAGAUCUCUACAACUCAAGACAAGGACCAUCAAAUACACUCAGAUACCUUGUGCGGGAUGUCCGGAAGCAUGUACCUUCCAACUACCGUUACACCCUACUUGACAUCGGCUCAGUGCUCCAACUACUCAUGGGAGGAGGCUUUAGGGCCUACUAUUGUCGUAAGCGUUUUCGACAAAAGUACCAGGCACUGAAGCAGACGGGCACAACUGUGGGAAACAUAGUCACAUCAAUUCCACACCUCAUGAACACAAGGCAGGUGGAAGAGCUCUUUCCAUAUCCAUUCCAUGACCUCAUGAUCUGGGCUGUGCUGAUGAAAAGACAAAAGAUGGCUCUGUUUAUGUGGCAACACGGGGAGGAAGCGUUAGCAAAGGCCCUUCUCGCUGGCAAGUUGUACAGUGCCAUGGCGCAUGAGGCUGAUCAAGACGAUCUGGAGAUAGAAUUAUCACAAGAAUUCAGAGCCUAUUCUGACGAGUUCCUGAACCUUGCCCUGGAGCUGCUGGAGCACUGUUAUAAAAUAGAUGAUGAUUACACCCAGCAGCUGCUGACCUACGAGCUGAAGAACUUCAGUGAGCAGACGUGCCUGGGUCUGGCGGUUAUUGCCAACCAUCGUUUGUUUAUUGCUCAUACCUGCUGCCAGGUGCUGCUGAAUGACCUCUGGAUUGGUGGUCUGCGAAUGAGAAAGAAUACCAGUCUCAAGGUGAUCUUAGGAAUUGUAUUUCCACCUUACAUCUUCAAACUGGAUUUCAAAUCUAAAGAAGAGCUGCAGCUCAUGCCUCAGACCAUGGAGGAACACUUGGAUGAGUUGGAGGAUGCAGCCAGCAUGGCUGAUAUCUCCAUAUCGUCCUUCAGCGAGGACCAGGAUUAUAAUAUGCAGGAUGACAUGGCUGACCCAAACUCGAUGACAAAUCAGGUGAGCCCAGUGAAGGAGAAUGGAACCAUAGGAGGCGAUGGAGAUAGCCCAGAUGGCCUCGACUCCACCUUGUUUGCUCAGAUGCCCUUCCGCAAGAAGAAGAGUCCUUUGAGGAUGGGAAAGAGAGUAUAUGAGUUCUACAAUGCUCCGAUCACCAAAUUCUGGGCACAUGCAAUUGGAUACAUGGUGUUUUUGGUCUUGUUUUGCUAUGUCAUCCUGGACCGUAUCAAGGAAGUUCCAAACUGGGCUGAAAUCUACAUCAUGGCUUUUAUGAUAACAAUGGGAUUUGAGAAAAUCAGACAGGUGAUUGUCUCAGAACCGGUGAAAGCUUCCAUGAAACUUCGAGUCUACAUCUCCCAACUGUGGAACAUUCUAGAUACUGCUGGAAUUGCUUUGUUCCUUAUAGGCAUGGUGCUGCGGUUCAUCCCAGCCACCCUGAUAGAUGCACAGCUGAUCUAUACUAUGGACAUAGUCUUUUGGAACAUUCGUGUCCUAGAGAUCCUUUCUGUCAACAAGUACCUGGGGCCUUAUGUCAAGAUUAUAGCCAAACUUUUACGUGAUAUGGUUUACUUCCUGGCCAUACUGUUUGUGGCAGUGACAAGUUUUGGCCUCAUUAGGCAGACUAUACACUUCCAGAAGGAAGAUGUAUCCUGGAAUUUACGUCUCCGUAACGUCUGGUACUACCCAUACUGGAUGAUAUAUGGAGAAUUGUUUGCUGAUGAAAUUGAUCCUUGUGAAGAGGAAGAGGACUGCAGCAUUUACGCAGCCUGGCUGGGUCCUCUGUGUAUGUUUGUGUUUCUGCUUGUGGCCAAUAUCCUGAUGGUGAAUCUACUGAUUGCAAGAUUCAAUGCCACCUUCGUUCGCAAUAAUGCCAAUUCAAAGGAGAUCUGGAUGUUCCAAAGAUAUGGCCUGAUUCUGCAAUAUGAGAUGAGACCUAUUCUACCUCCACCCUUCAUUAUCAUUACACAUAUCUACCUAGCUCUCAAAUAUAUCAAGCGCCGAUGCAAAGGAAAAAGAAACUUCCAUGACAAUGGACUAA